UCGUGCGUCUGCGCCGUGACGUCAUCUCCGCGCGACUGCCCCGGCACUUCCAUUCGCCGUGUGUCUCCCUCACCUCCCGAGAGGGUCCGCGUGAUCUUCCGUCAGUGUUAGUUAGCGGUCCAGGGAGGGUGCUGGCGGGACCCACGAAAUUCACCUUGAUGUUGAGACGUCCCGGCGGGUCCAUUGGAGACAUAAGCAGUUAAUACAGGUGUUUCUGAUCUCAAUUCCAGACUAUCAUUGAACACGGUGUAAUCAUAUGCAAUUAUGUCUGGUUAUAAGCCUGCUGCUAUUCAGACAUAUCCAGUACUUGGUGAAAAGAUCACCCAAGAUACAUUGUACUGGAAUAACUACAAGACCCCUGUUCAGAUUAAGGAAUUUGGAGCAGUGUCCAAAGUUGACUUUUCUUCACAGCCUCCAUAUAAUUAUGCUGUCACAGCUUCUUCAAGGAUUCACAUUUAUGGCCGAUACUCUCAAGAGCCUAUAAAAACUUUUUCCCGGUUUAAAGACACGGCGUACUGUGCUACUUUCCGGCAGGAUGGUAGACUUCUUGUGGCUGGGUGUGAAGAUGGGGGCGUUCAGCUUUUUGAUAUAAGUGGAAGGGCCCCCCUCAGACAGUUCGAAGGCCACACAAAGGCAGUUCAUACAGUUGAUUUUACAGCUGACAAAUACCAUGUUGUUUCUGGGGCUGAUGACUAUACAGUUAAAUUAUGGGAUAUCCCAAAUGCCAAAGAAAUUCUGACUUUCAGAGAACAUACUGAUUAUGUGAGAUGUGGUUGUGCCAGCAAACUGAACCCAGAUCUUUUUGUAACAGGGUCCUACGAUCAUACUCUGAAGCUGUUUGACACCCGGGCCAAUCAGAGUGUUCUCUCUGUGGAGCAUGGGCAGCCAGUGGAGAGUGUCCUGCUUUUUCCCUCUGGAGGUCUUCUGGUAUCAGCAGGGGGUCGUUACGUUAAAGUCUGGGACAUGCUAAAAGGAGGACAGCUGCUGGUGUCUUUGAAAAACCACCACAAGACUGUGACGUGCUUGUGUCUGAGCAGCUCUGGACAGAGACUGCUCUCUGGCUCCCUGGAUAGGAAGGUAAAAGUGUAUAGCACAACUUCCUACAAAGUCGUCCACAGUUUCGAUUAUGCAGCUUCGAUUUUGAGUCUGGCCCUUGCACAUGAAGAUGAGACAAUAGUUGUAGGAAUGACCAAUGGAAUACUGAGUGUUAAACACCGGAAAUCUGAAGCAAAGGAUUCACUUCCCAGGAGAAGGAGGCCUGCAUAUCGAACCUUUAUUAAAGGGAAAAAUUACAUGAAGCAAAGGGAUGACAUUUUGAUAAACAGGCCAUCCAAGAAACACCUAGAAUUGUAUGACAGGGAUCUUAAAAAUUUUCGGAUAUCUAAGGCGCUUGAUAGAGUCCUUGAGCCCAGCUGUACCAUAAAGACCCCUGAGAUUACAGUUUCCAUCAUCAAGGAACUGAAUCGAAGAGGAGUCCUUGCAAAUGCCCUGGCAGGUCGGGACGAGAAGGAAAUCAGUCGUGUUCUUAAUUUUUUGAUACGGAAUCUUUCUCAACCAAGAUUUGCCCCUGUCUUGAUCAAUGCUGCUGAAAUCAUUAUUGAUAUAUAUCUGCCUGUGAUUGGUCAGUCACCUGUAGUUGAUAAAAAGUUUUUGUUACUUCAAGGACUUGUAGAAAAAGAGAUUGAUUACCAAAGAGAGCUGCUGGAAACCUUGGGGAUGAUGGAUAUGCUUUUUGCUACCAUGACAAGGAAAGAGAACAUUUCUGUGUUGCAGCAAGCAUCCGAUGGUUUUCUGGACAACAGGAAGAUAGAGGCAUAGUGUCUGCUGGCUAUGCCACAUGAGAACUCCUAGCUUGCAAUAGAUUUGACUGUGAAUGAUUUAAAAGAGAAUCUUUUUUGAUACAGUAUAAGUGCUAUUCACAGAAGCAAUUUUAUGGAAGAGACAGACAGAAAUAGUUGUGUUUGGAAAAUAAUGUGUUUUAAGACAUGGUUAACACAUGGUUUCCAUGUGAUAUUUCGAAUUAUUUUAUCCCAUCUUCUGCCAGAAGAUCUGAAAAGUCUCCCCUGGACAAGCUGACAUUAACCUCGAUGCAACAAAGCUCUGUAUCAUCACGAGGGUCUGCGGUCAGAGCUCUGAGGGUUUCCACUGGGAGUUGAGCCCAAGGACCAGAGCUUAUGAAAGAAUACCAACAAAUGGACAAAUGGCGACAGCAAAUAAGCCCUUUCUCUACUCUGCUUUGUGCCCUUUGGGUUUCCAGGCUCAUUUGAGCAUGCGUCCCCUUCCUUGGUCCCAUGCUGUCUCUAUUGGCCAUAGGACUCUCUGCUUCAAGUGUGGAGAUUCAGCGGCAGGCCCGGAACAAUUGACAGGACUGGGACACUAGUCAGAGUGGGAUGAGGCAAAUUUCAUACCCAGAACUUGUGCUUUCCACCCCAGAUUUUCUUUUUCAUUUCUGUAAUUUUGGAUAUCCUAACGAGAACAUGGUCUGUAGUUAAGACUA